CUGCUUUUAACGAGCCUCAGAACAGACUCAUUCUGAUUGAUUAUUUAUUAUCUGAGCUGAUGACUGCUCGGCUGUUAAGAGUAAAAAUAGAAGAAUCUACCGAAUAUAAAAGAAAUAAUUUUGAAUCUAAUCCUUAUGAUGUUCAAUCUAAUCUGUCGGCCAUUUUGAAUGUUUUUGGCGUUGAUAUUCCACCGCCUCACGUCACACCCACCAUGAUACUUGAUAAAAUAAUUUAAAAAACUCAAGAACGCAUUUCAAAGGCCCCAGUUGGGUACAUUGGUAAACCACUGGUAUUACAACAAAUGAGUGCUAAACAAUGGGGGACACUGGACUGUAUCAAUGAGGCUUUGUUGAAAGAGUAUUCUGUUAGGAGACAGAUGUUAUUGAUGAGGUGCAGCGUAACUGUCCAAUCAUUUAAAUGGUCUGAUAGGACUAAAGGUAAGGAUGAGUCAUUUACUAGGGUGUGUCAGUCAAAAUGGACUCCAUUGAAAGAAAAGGCCCCAAUAAUAAUAGCAAGAGUAUUAGCUGCUAAAAACGAGUUAUUGAGUAUUGAGAAGACCAGUAGUGGCUCUGUUAGACAGAACACAGCCUCUGAUAUUAACAAGGUUUUGAUUGGUUCCGUUCCUGACAGAGGGGGCAAACUUAAUGAGACAUGCCUACCACCUGAAAUGCCUUUGUUUAAGCAACGGACUGAAGGACCAAGUAAAAAGAGAGGUGGAGUGUCUAUGAUGGCAUGGUUCUCAAAAGAUGAGCUUUCGUUCGUUAAAGAAGUACCCGAUCAAAUUGAAAUAGAGUGUCCAGUUUGUCUUCAUAUCUUGAAAGAUCCUCAUCAGGUGAGCUGCUGUGGUAGAAAUUUCUGCAAGUCUUGUAUUGAGCGAAUAAAAGCUAGUAAUGGAUCCUGUCCUACAUGUAUGUGUAAAGAGGAGAGGUAUCAAUCCUUUGAAGAUAAAAAUAUUGGUCGAAUCAUUAAUGGAUUACAAGUCUAUUGUACUAAUAUGAUGGAAGGAUGUCAAUGGAAAGGAGAUUUGAAGAAUAUAUCUACUCACCUUAGUAAAGAGAUAAGAGAAGGAGAAUGUCAAUUUGAAGAGGUCAAAUGUCGAUAUGACGAUUGUCAAAUAAGAGAUCAGCGUUUACAUCUUAACAUUCACGAGAAGGAGGGAUGUGACCAACGACCAGACAUAUGUGAGCACUGCUAUGUAAGAGGCACAUAUUUCUUUAUUACCUUCUUGCAUAUGGAAUUUUGCUCAAAAUAUCCUCUUCUACCAAUUACGCUUUAUAGAACAAGUGAUCCUGUCCCUGUUCACUUUUAUACUGAGAUUGGUGGCCAUCACAUGUCAGCCACCAUACUUCAACCAAGACUCUACCUUGCAUUUCAUCAUGGAAAGUUUGAUAAAGUCGCUGCAUUUUCCCAGCCUAAAAUUCUAGUCAAAUAUGAUAGUGAUGAUGCACAGCCUGUACAGAUAAAGUCGUAUAGAAAAAGAGUACCAAUAAUUUGA